AAAAACAUAGCUACGGUCAAGACUUGCAACGCUCAUGGAAAAUGUUGAGGAAUUAUCACAACUUAAACAAUUAGAUGAACAAGAAGAAGCAGCCAUGAAGAAGGAGCAAAUUAUUCAAGAAAUAAAUAAAAGCUCUGAUCUAUUGAAUGAAAAAAUGCAGAAACUGGAAGAAAUAAUAGGUAAACUUGUAGAAGAAGAUUCAGAUACACCAGUCAAAUCAGAUUCUAAAGAGAUAUCUGAACUCAAGUCAAAAUUAAAAAGAUUACAAAAGCAACAAGUUGAAAUAGUUGAAAAGGAAAAAAAGUUUAAACAGGAAAACAAAAUCCUAAAAGAACUUACCGGGUUGACUGUUAAAGAAACAAGGACAAAACAGGACGGUGUUCAGUAUGUCUAUAAUCUUAGUGGACCCAAUGGAUCAUUAGACUUUUCGCUAUUCAUUCCCAGUCAGGAAGAUAAACAAGUAUUAUAUUCUCCUAUGCUCGAAAGACAACGAAAUACUUCUAUAUUUUCUCAUUUACCAGACUUUCUCCGGUUCGAUAUUGAGUUUAAUAGAGAUCAAUUAAGCAGAUUCUUUUGGAGACUCUCAGCUGCACUCUAUGAACAAGAAGCCAAUGAAGAAAACAGAGAACAGGCUAGUAUAAACAUGUAGUUAAGAACAAUCCAGAUUGGUUAUACCUUUGUAGGUUAAAUAAGGUUUUAUUAUCGUCAAUAUUUGCUCUAUGCCCCUGUAGCGACAUUUUAUUGUAUACAAAAGACACAU